GCGCCGCAAAUCCCGCCACCGCAGCGGCUGAGCAAAGCCCCUCGAAGCCUCCCCUGAGCCUGGAGGCACGCAUCGCCGCGCGCCAGGAGGACACAGAAACCCUGGAGAUCUUGACGUCUGUGCUGAGGCGGUCGAUUUCCGGCACAGACGAGCAGGGCCGCACUCUGCUCUUCUAUGCGGUGCGCGGGAACCGCGACGACUCUGGCGCCGCUCAAAUCUCUAAGACGGCCGUUGCAAAAGCUGCCCUGGCUGCCCUGGCAGGCUCCUCGGUCGUAGAUGCAGCGCCGCAUUACCUAGUCCAGAGGCGGAACUUCGAUGUGAACUUCCAGGUGCCAAGCUCCGGUCUGACGCCUCUCAUGGAGGCGGCUCGCUUCGGCAACGCUGAGGCUGUAGAGGUCCUCCUGUCUCUCCGAGCUGAUCCGACCCUGAAGGACGCGGCAGGCCUGACGGCGCUGGACAUCGCCAAGUCCCGGUUGCCAGCGUACUUGGAGUUCAAG